CAAAGUUCAGCCCGAAGGUUCAGGGUGGUUUCCUGAUCAUAAACCGUCUAGGUCUAGGAGUUGGCUGAAUCGCCUUUCUCAGUUCUACCACGCGCUCGUAUGCAUCUAUCUGUGGCUGAAUGCAAUCCGGAUGACCUACGCUAUCAUCUUGAAUGCCAUGUCUGGAAGAUUCAGACAGGAUCAUAUUACAUUGGUUGUCUGGUAUUACAACACUGCCGCCAAUAAUAGCAUCAUGUUCGCGAUGUGCUACAGGGAAAACGGCAUGGCCCUUUUCAGGCGUCACUGGAACUCGUCCGCCACAUCCCUCCACGCAAGAAGUACAUGUUCCUUGCUCCAAGCAACUCACAACCUUAAGAUGGAUGUGGAUCCGAAGGUUCCGAAAAGGCACAACAAAUUUGCUGUCGAUGCAGCAAUAAUAUGUUCUUGUUUCUCUCUCUUGAACACUGCUUCCUUUGGAUACCUUGCGUUUGGCUUCGGAAUAAGCCCGGCGAGCUCGUUCGGUCUUUGUGGCCCGUGGUAUUCAGAACUCUUUUGCGGCAUCAACAUGAUUUCCCCAUUUUUCGGAUCGGUUGCAUGCGUCCUUCCAGUCGCUCUGUACUCGCUCAUAUGUCGUAGUAUUUCGGCACAAUUCACUAAUUUGUCUGAAGAAUUUGACCAGGUUGUCAACUCUCCUCGCCCGAUGGACAAAACAAUACUGAACUGUUUUCGGCGAAGACAUGCUAUUGUAUGCCACACUGUCGAAGUUGCUGAUGACGUCUUUUCUCUUUUCGCAGCUGUGAUGUACUUGGCAAACGUUCCCUGUGGUAUUUUUCUGCUGUAUCAGCUCUUUUACCUGGGUAGCGAAUGGUUUUACGUUGGAUUGACACUUUUCUGGCUCUUCUGCUAUUUCGGCAAUGUAUCAGUGCUGUCUUAUUUUGCAGUGCAGGUUCAUGAGAAGGCUCAUUCACUUCGCAGACGUGUGCACGAACUACAGAUGGACACAUUUGACUCGGACUUAUCACAGGUCCAGAUCUUGUUUUUGGCUCGACUGAAUGGUCCAGAAAUCGGAAUGACAGCUCUUGGUUGCUUCGUCAUCACAAAGGAACGAGUUUUAGCGGUGAUGAGCACAUUAAUCACCUUUUUCACCAUCCUCCUCCAGUUUCAAGGUUUAAGUCCUUCUGAUGAUGUCACCAUGGCAACGACAAACAUUUCGAUGACGACUGGUGUAUAUACCACCUGACCAGACUAGGACAAUAUUAUCAUCCCCUAAACUCACAAGAAGACUGGUGUAUAUACCACCUGACCAG